AUGUUUAAGACAUCGGGUAGAAGAAGUGUUAUUAACACUUUGAGUAAAAGACUAUAUUCUCAAUCGUCAAGUGAUACGUUUCAAUUCACUACUUUAAAAAAUGGUAUCCGUGUAGCUUCAAAUAGCUUACCUAGUCAUUUUAGCGCCCUGGGUCUUUAUUUAGGUGCAGGUUCACGUUUUGAGUCAGACAAUAGUUUAAAGGGAUGCACACACAUGAUGGAUAGGUUAUCUUUUAAAUCUACUGAGAAUAUUGAGGGGAGAACAAUGGCCGAGACUUUAGAAUUACUUGGUGGUAAUUAUCAGUGCACAUCAUCUAGAGAAACUAUUAUGUAUCAAGCUUCUGUCUUUAACCAAGACGUUGACAAGAUGUUACAUUUAAUGGCCGAAACAGUUAGAUAUCCAAAUAUUACUGAUUCAGAAUUGAAUGAACAGAAAGCUAUCGUACAAUAUGAACUGGAGGAAAUACAAUUAAAACCUGACAUGAUUCUUCCUGAAUUAUUGCAUAUGGCGGCAUAUUCUAAUAAGACAUUGGGGAAUCCAUCAUUAUGCCCUCCUGAAUUACUACCUUAUUUAUCAAAAGAAAAUUUACGAAACUACAGAAACAAAUUUUACAUUCCAAAGAAUACAGUUGCCGCAUUUGUAGGUGUUCCGCAUGAAAAAGCUAUAGAAUAUGUUGAAACACAUUUUGGUGAUUGGAAUUCGAGUACUUCAAUCACGAAACAAGAGCCAGCACAUUAUACUGGCGGUGAAUUGAGCGUACCGUCAGGUCCUGUAUAUGGUGGUUUGCCCGAAUUAUAUCAUAUUCAAAUAGGCUUCGAAGGUUUGCCAAUAGACCAUCCAGAUAUUUGUGCAUUAGCUACUCUGCAAACACUGCUAGGUGGUGGUGGCUCAUUUAGUGCGGGUGGUCCGGGGAAGGGAAUGUAUUCUCGUCUUUACACACACGUAUUAAAUCAAUAUUAUUUUAUUGAAAAUUGUAUCUCCUUUAACCAUUCAUACUCGGAUUCAGGUAUAUUUGGUAUAUCUAUAUCAUGUAUACCUGAAGCAGCAGAACAAGCAGUUGAGGUAAUUGCACAGCAAUUCCACAAUACGUUUGCUAAUGAUAGAUUGAAAUUAUCUCAAGAAGAAGUUGACCGAGCUAAGAAUCAAUUAAAAUCAUCCUUAUUAAUGAAUUUAGAAUCCAAGUUGGUUGAAUUAGAAGAUAUGGGGAGACAAAUACAAGCACAAGGUAAAAAGAUUCCUUUAACAGAAAUUAUCAGAAUGAUUGAGGCAUUAACCCCUGAAGAUAUCAGACGUGUAGCGGAAACUGUUUUCACUGGGAAAGUUAAAAAUAUUGGUGAAGGUACUGGUAAAGCAACAGUUGUGAUAAAAGGUAAAAGAGAAGCAUUUGGUGAUGUAGAGUCCGUCUUAAGACGUUAUGGACUUGGAAAUUACCCUAAACUAAAUCAGCCUUCUAAAGAAUCAAAGAGAAGAUUUUUUUAA